AGCAUGAUUUCAUUCCACGGCCGACCGUCGACAAGUGCGGUUGCAAUACAUUCAUCGGCAUUCAAGAACUUUAUAAAAAUGGAUUUCAAGUUCCUGUUCGUGUUGUGUGUGGCGUGCCUGCUGCUAACUAGCGUGCUGUCGAAGCCUAUUGCUGAUGGAUCUGCUGAGGCCAUCGGUGAUGAAAGUGCCUCAUCACCUUCGUCACCGUUAUUGAGGGUGAAACGACACAUUGCCGGCGACCCCAAAUGUCCGAAGGGCCAAGAGAAAAUCAAUGGCAUCUGUACUGAAAAGAGUGACGACUACUGAACUCCUAAGCGAUGGUAGUGGAUAGAGUUCUGCACCUUGAAGAACUACUUACGCUAAUUAUGAGAAAUUGCAGAUUUGUACAGAAAGGGCGAAAACGUGUUGGAUCAUUACAAGUGCUACUAUGGGCUUUGUUACAAUGAAAAUAAUGACAGAAAUGGUAAUGAUUACACAUUAAUGGUUAUAGUAGUUGCCAUUCUGCGUGUUUGUUUUUUUAUACUUAAGUAUAGUGUAAAUAAGAUCUAGUCUGACGGAUUUGUAUUAUUGUGUAAAUAAAAUAUCAUAGAAUUAGAUGUAUUAUAACAGCUAUAUUGCUGUUAGUACCUGUGAUCUAAGCUUUAUUAUUUAAGUUUAUUUAUUAGCAUUCCACGUGUAUGUUGUGAUUGUUCGCCAUCAAAAACUGGUUGUUAUAAAUAUAAAAAUUAUAUUAAUUUAAA